AUGGGGUCGGCGGCACUUUCCAAGCGGAACACUGCGCUGAAAUUAGUAGGCUUGGCAGGGGAUCCUCAUCCUCCUCACCGCCAUCACCACUCCCCUCAGAGCAUGACAGGCUUCGCCGGGGAUCCCCAUUCCAUCGUUCCCACGCGCCCUGGGGAGCACCCGGGAGAACCCCGCCUCGGUCUGAGUCCAUUCCGGUCAGAACACUUGGGACACCACCAUCACCAUCGUCACCAUCACCACCACCACCACCGCCAUCCCGUGACAGGCCCAGCUGAAGUGGUCCCGCGUCCAACUGGAGCGUUGGGCCCGGCGCAGUCAACAACAGUCCCUUAUGCGAUCCCUCACCCAAGCCAGGCUCUAUCGGCAGGUGGCUACCCCGGACACCAUGCUCCCCACCACCACCACCUCCACCACCAUCACCACCACCACUCAGAAGUCGGGACUCAUUCGCUCCUUACUGGACUCCAUCACCAGGAGCAACCUCCCCAUGGACCUCCAGGUGGCCAUCUAAACGGACAGAUCAGGCUGGGACUACCUGGACAAAUGUACGCCAGGUCUGAGCCUUUCACUCCAUUACCAAUCUCCCGGACAGAUCCUUUCGCGGCUUCCUCCUUCCACGGCUACAGUAGCAUGAACCUGAACGUUAAUCUAGCGUCACACCAUGGCCCUGGGGCUUUCUUUCGCUACAUGAGACAGCCCAUCAAGCAAGAGCUCAUCUGCAAGUGGAUUGAACUGGAUCAGACGCCCAAGAAAUUAUGCUCGAAAACUUUCAGCACCAUGCACGAGCUGGUGACUCACGUCACCGUGGAGCACGUUGGCGGGCCCGAGCAAUCCAACCACAUCUGCUUCUGGGAA